GCUGGAGCAGCCGGAAAUCAAGGUGGCUGGAGUAGACUGUAGGGCGCUGCGCUGUCCGGUGGUAGCCCGAGCGGGCUAGUUGCUGCGCUGACGAUGUCGGUGUUUCACGACGAGGUGGAGAUCGAAGACUUCGAGUACGAGGAGGAAACGGAGACGUAUCUCUACCCCUGCCCUUGUGGAGAUAACUUCGUCAUCACCAAGGAGGAUUUGGAGAACGGGGAAGAGGUGGCCACCUGUCCCAGCUGCUCCCUCGUCAUCAAGGUGAUCUAUGACCGAGAUCAAUUUAUGUGUGGGGAAACAGUCUCUGUUCCUUCGACCAGCAAAGAGUUAGUUAAAUGCUGAAGAAAGCUUUGAAAACCUAAUUUAUACCAAAUAACCAAAGGAUGUGCCCAGGUGGAUAUUAAAUGUGAUACUGAAUACUUCUGAAUAACAAGAGAGGAUUUUGGUUUUUUUGUUUUUGCUUGCUUGCAGUGUAUUGCAAAGCAAAGCUUCUUUACAUCAAUUGCCACAUUAAUCUUGAAAAUAAAGAACUCAAUUGACAGAAGGGACAAACCUAGAUUUUUACAAUUGAACUUGAGUCUUAAUAUCAAUCAAAAUUUUUCAUUUUCUGGAAUUCAAAAGAAGAAGAAUUUCAGAUCAGCGAAAGAUCUUAUAAUUUAUAUGAUAAAACCUGUUAACUUUGAUAUUUCUCUUUUCCAAAGUGUCAUCUACCUCCGCAAUUAGUAGUAGUCACUGAUGCUCAUUUAAUUGGCUUCAACAGUAAAAAUCUUGUCUGUAGCUGGAUUGUAAUAGGAUUAGGUGUGUGCAUUGUCUUCUUGUUUUCUGUCAUAUCCUAACUUCAUUAAGUAAAAGCAAUGGAUAUGAAGAGGAAAAUAAGUGAUCUUUAUCCUCAGAGGAUAAAAGUCUUCUGUGUCUUAGAUACUAGAAACAAAACUCAGUGCGAAAUUGCAAGAGACCUUGGAAUUCUCAUGUCAUGUUUUCUCAAAACUAAGAGGAGCAUAAAAAGGCAAGCUUUGGGGCUUGAUGAUAAGAAUAAAGUAGUGACCAAAGGGAAGAAAAUGAAAGGCGCAACCCCUGUUGAGUCAGGAAGUGAACCAGUUGAUUAUUCCAAACCAGAGCCAAUGGUGUCUCUCUGUCUGAUCAUUUUCUAAAAGUAAAAGCCAGUGUAAUUGCACCAAGGAAGGUGGCUUUGUGUAUUUUGAUACCAUUACAACAUUGUGUCCACUGCAUGUAAAAAAGGUGAAGCGUCUCCAUUAACCAUAUCCAUUGCUGAUGAUCAUCUUUAAAAUGUGAAUGAGACCCGUUCUGGAUGACAGUACUAGUAAGGACAUAUUCAAGGCAGGUGCCAUGUAUGUGAAUUUCAGCCAAGUUAGAUCCUAGUAGUCCUAAAAGUUCUCUGAGGAGAGAGGGAGAUAAAAAGACAUGUGGAUGGUCUUUGCUGUAGUGAUGAUAGUAGUGAGAAAUUAGAGUCAUUUGUGGGGAAAUUGGAAAAUCCACAGCUCAUGAAAGGCGUGAAUCAUCUUCCCUGUGAAUACUAAGUUAGCAAACAUGCAUUGAUGACUAAAAAGUUAUUUUGGUAUUGACUUCUGCAAUUAGACAAAGUGGCUUGCCAAAGUAGAUAUUUUGUUGCUGUUAGAUGUGCUGUGCAUACCCAUAUUUAAAUUAAAACAUGUGCACGUUCCUUUUCUGCCUGCCAGUCCUACAAGGUAUACACAAAGUUAGUAAGACCAAGGGACGAUGAACUAAAAGUUGUGUGUCUGAGGCACUCGGUUCCAUGGAGUGCAAAGGAAUGUAACUGUUCUAGAAAUAUGGAAAUGGCAUUUGAUGCAGGGAGGAGCCCCCUCGCUGCAUGGGACACAGUCUCAUACAAAAGCAAAGCCGGCCUUGAACACCCGUGGUGGCUUGGACAAAAGGAGAAUCUGCACUGACUCAGACUAGAAUGAGCUGCCGGGAGAAAUGGAUUGUCCAGUCUGUUGACAUUUUUGUAGGUCUCGGCUACCUCUGCUGUUACUGUAUCGACGACAGGCACUUUAAUGCAAAAUUUGUAGUGAGUGCAAAGGGAGAAGACGAAGAAGCUGCUUGAGCCCGUGAAUCCUGCAGGAAGAGAAGCUUGGACAACAUGAACAGUUGCUGAAUUUGUGAUAAAUCACAGUGCCAUGAAGUGACUGUCCACAGCCUUGGGCAAGACAUUUGAGGGUCUGAACCAUGGGAAAAAAGUCCAAGUGCAGGAUUGUUUUUUUCACACAUAACCAGUUUCCAGUCGCCUAAUAAUGAGAAAUUCUUGGUCAUUCAUUUCUUCUUUAGAAUCCCUUCUAGUCACUUUCUUGUUUGCAUUUGCAGCUCUUGAGCAGUGGCCAAGCUACUGUCAGCUCUAGCUCUGCCCCCUGCUGCUAGCCUGCUAUGGCCACUAGCUGCAGCAGUGGGCGGAGGGCUCAUCGUGUGACCCGGAGAAAUUCUGCAGUGAGGAAGGAGUAUGCAGAUGAGAUGCAUUGGAGCUGGCUGGGGCCUGAAAAGGGCUAGAGACAGGGUGAGGCUGCUGCAGUAGCCAGAUUGGUAUGAUGGGGUGGCAGCUCUGAAGAUGGCUUUCCAGCUUUCCCUUUUUUUGUUCAGAACUAUCUCCCAUCUGUAGCAUGAGUCAAGGAUGGUUAUGGGGGAGGAGGGGAAAGGAGGAUGUUAUCCAUUGUCUCUGCUUCCUUCCUGUGGGAAUCUUCGAGUUAUAGCUGGUCACGAGGAAUAAGGGUCAUGGGUCAGGCCUCCCCCUAACAAAGGGGAUGUGGUGACUCUUACCUGUGAUGGGGUCGUUUGACCUGAGGUAGACACUUCCUGCAAAGUUAAAACUGGAGAGAUCUUUUUGACUGGUUUUAGAGGUUAAAACAAAGUGAGAAGCAGUUACAAGGCACCUCCAGGAUAUUAGAAAUACAGGCUUGUGUCUUUCCCUGGAAGAGCUGCCUUGUCUGUUUGCCUGGCUGUUGGUGAAGGACAACUUUAGGCAGUGAGGACCAAGGGCCCUCUGGUAGGUGUAUUUGUAGCUUCUUCCCUUAGCUUUACGCAAGAAAAAUCUAUAUAUUUCUAUAUAUCCUGUGAGGGAGGGAUAAGGCCAUUCCUAUUACACAAAGAUCCCAACCAGUGGGUGGGUGGGGGCCUCAAUUAUGAAUAUAACUAUGUAUAAAAGUGCAUAUAGAUUCUCUAGUAGGCAAUAAGCAGUUCUCCAUUUGCCAGAGGAAAGGGGGCACUUGGCAGUUAAAAAAUUAAACAUCUUAAUAGAUAUCAUGAAAAAGGUCAUAAAAAACCAUAAAUUAAAUCCUAUGAAAUGAUUCACAGCAGUCAUGGAUUAAUGGAUGCUACAGGACAGGCCCAGGAGCCUGGUGGGCAGAGCAGAGGCUGCAGGGGGUAAAUGGCAUCCGCUGUCUGAAUUAUGGAGAGAUUCAUUUUUGUCAUUUCUAAGUGGCUGUUGGGCUUCACCUCAUUUUGAGAGUUUAGCCAGAACAGAGCAAUAGAAUGCAGUGGCAUGAACUUUGGAAUUUUAUUUCACAGGCACUGUAAUGAUAAUAAUUCACAUUGUGUAACAGUUGGUAGUUUUCAAAGGACUUUGCUCACAACAUUUUCUUAAUCGUGUCACUGAUGUAUUUUAUUCUUCUGUAUCCGUGUCAAUAUGAGCAUCUUUGUAAGUAGACUUAGAAAAUUUAAUCUCCAAAACAACUUCAGAGUACUCUGACCAUUUUACCCAUUUGCAUCCAGUAUCCCAGUGGGUGGGGGACGUCAUGCCUUAGGAGUAAGAUUUCUAAACAGAGAUUUAGGGAAGCAAUGUGUAUAGUGCACCAUCCAGUUAAGAGACUUGGAUUAUUGUUUUAGUUUGGUUACUAAUUAGCUAUGUGACAUUUGGAUAAGAUUUAAAAUCCAUCUAAGCCUUAGAUUCUUCAUGUGUAAAAUGAGCAGGUUGCUUUAGAUGGGCUCUGAACUCUAAUCCAUCUUGUAACCAUUCCUGAUUCUGUGACGACAGAUUUAGGAAGAGUGACAUUAAUUUGCUGAUCCGAACCAAAUUGAACUCAGAUAUUCAGAGCAAAUUAAACUUUGUUUUUGAAAGUGAAAAUUUUUAAUUUUAAUUUAAAAAAAUGCACUCAUGCAGGUAUCACCUAGGCACACACGUCGUCAUUGAUGAGGAGCAUACUGUGUAAGGAGUUUGACUUCCCUCUAAAUUCAUGGAUUUUCAUUAUCCUCCUAUCCUCCCUGCCCUUGCCCAGAAGAGUAGUCUUCACCUCUCUUCAGGAAAUACUGUUUUGAUAACUGAACUUAAUGUUCUGUGUUGUUUUUGAAAAAUUACAUUGGAUUAGUAGUCUCAGUAAUAACAACUGGCAUUUAUAUAAUGUCUAAAUGUAUGGCAUAAUGCAUAAAAAACAAGCUUUAGAGAGAGAGUGAUCUGGGUUCAGGUUUCUUGGCACUUGGUUGUGUGACUCUGGGCAAUGCCCAAGCCAACUUGAGUGGAAAAUUUUCAUUGGGAGAGAGAAUUUGGAUUUGAGUUCUGUUUAUGCUACUUGCAUUUGAGUCAUGGCUAUUUAAAUGGAAUCUAAUUGAAUGUCAGAAUGUUCUUUUGAAUGGAAUGAAAGUACUUAAUGUCCUAUGUAUCAUUGUUCUUUUUAGAAUUUGAACCUUUUCAUCAACACUCAAGAUAAUCAGUGAAUUUAAAAUGUUAUGUAUACUAAGAUCCAUCGAUGAUGACUGUCUCUUCUUAAUAGCCUCCAUUAGGCCGUUGAAAUGUCGGAUCCCUGGUAUAUUUGGUUACAUGGUGCCAGUGCUUUUCUCACUAUGAUUUAACCUGUAAAGCAAAUGCUAUCACUGUCUCAACUCCAAUAUUAUACCAAGACCGUAUUGUGCAAUAAAGUGUGUUUGUCUAAAUGCAAAA